AUGACGGCCAUAUGUUUCGUGUGCAACCUGCCGAUUCUCAGCCACCAGGUGGGACUGGUGUGGCAGGGCGGCAACGGUUGGGACGACAUACUGCGAGAGCAGAUGGAGGAGACUACGAUCAAACAGCGGUUGGGCGGUCGCCGGGACUCGGCAGCGCAGAUCACCACCGAGUCGCCGCCGACGGAGACCGCGGAGACGUCGCCGCCGGUCAGCCGACGCCGGAGGCGCAGCUCGCUCGCCCAGCUCACCGACAUAUUGCGCGAGUGGAGCGGCACCGGCAUGGGUGGAGGUGGCGUUGGAGGUGGAGGUGGGGCGGGUGGCGACGGAGGUGGAGGCGUCGGCGGAGGUGGCGGUGGUGGAGGUAAGUCGGGUGGCCGGCCAAAAGGCAUCACCAGGCGCGAGACGCUGGCCGACAUCGCCAAGACACUGCCGUUUGGUCGGUCCAACACGAUCACGUCGUCCCGGAAGCGGCGCGAGUCGUCCGUCGACUCGGGUAUCAAGUCUUCGUCUAGCAAGGGCGGCCGCCGGGACUCCAAGACCGACUUCCGGGCCGACAUCGCCAAACUGCUCAACACCCGCCGCGACUCCAUCAUAACGCCCACUAGCGUUUCGCAGCAGCCCAGACGCAGAGGAUCCGGAGACGUUGGCCAUUCAGACGGCGAUUGCGGACGUCGCGGGUCCAAGGACGACGGCCGUGCGUUCCGACAGCACCGCACGUGCCACAAGCGCAGGGACUCGCAGGCAAUCGUCGUGCCGGGCCAGUCCACGUCCUCCAACGGGUCGACGGGUGGCUACGGUGGCGGUGACGGUCCCGUGAAGACGGUGGACGACCAGACCAUGACGCCGCCGACGAUGGUCAUCAGCAGCGUAACGCCCCCUCCCACUUCGCCGCGCGUCCCACUGUCGCCCACGCAGCACCAAAACGCGCCGUCGUCGUCCGUGUCGUCCGGCCCCACGUCCACCUCCAACGCCGCUAACGCCGCCUCCAUCACCUCCGCUGCCCACACGUCCGUGGUGCCCACCCAGCACAGCGUGUCUUGCGGUUACACGCCACCGGUGUCGGUGCCCAGCUCGCCGGUGUCUGCGGUGCCGCCGACGCAGUUGUGUGCCAGCAACGUGACGCACGCACCCGCCGUGUCCCGGAGAGACUCCACCACGCAAGUGUAUUCCUCGAGGGCACGACGGAAUUCCAAAUCUCACGUGUCGCCCGAACGAAGGCAUAGCAAGGACGGCAUAUCAGUGGGGAACAAGUUGCCCAGACUUCAGCGGCAAUCGACGGCCAUCGACGAGACUUGCAUGCCGUCGAGCCUGCAGUGUGGCCGGCGGAGUUCGCAACCAACACUGUCCGCGGAUCAGGACUACACGGACCGGAAGACUAGGCGUGACUCGCUGUCGCCUGACUCUGCGCACUACGCCCGGCGCAGAGACUCCAGAGUCAGCGGUGGUCUGUCACCGGACAGGCAGGGCAGGGACGUAUCUCCUGGCAGACAGAGACGCCGUAGGAGCUACAGACGCCAGAGCACCACGAUGGGCGGUUACAACGUACGCAGCUGCCAGUCUUCCAGGUCACCUGAUUCAUCGUCCUCGUGCUCGUCCCGAGAACCCUCACCGGCAGGCAGGGCAGUGGCACCUGCGACUUCUCAGCGAACGCCGAUCAUCCGGAGACAGUCCACUACCGAAGAGAUAUUGAUUGCCAGGGGCUUCCGGAGACAAUCCACUACUGAAGAAAUGAUACGGUGUAGGAAUUUUCGACGACAAUCGUCUCAGUCAGAUGAAUGCUACCGUACGAGAGGCCGGAGAGAUUCAAGUACGCAAAUCAUAGAUGGUACUCUGGCCACCAUGGCCGUGGAGACAAGCAGCACUUUGUUCGAUUCCAGCACGCAAACCGGUAAGAUUUUUCAAUCGUUUCAUGUAGUAUUUAAUAUAUUUUUAAGUAGUUUUUCCUCAAACCAGCACAACGGAUUUCAUUCAAACGGAGGUUAUACCUAA